AUCAAUGAUUUAUGAAACGAAAAAAUCAAGCAUCUUGGUACACAACCCAUCUACAAAACAUUGUGCACUGAAAGCUAUUGAUUAAUUGCUUAGCAGCCUGGCUGACAAUGUAUCUAUCAACAACUGGGUACAGAAAACUAUUUGAGAUCAACGUUAACUAGAAGAAUAUUUGUUAAUACGGAAUGCAUUCAUAGUAAAUGCAAAAUUUACACAGAUGCGUUGGUCCUUGUCAAAUAACAAUAUGCAUUAUAAUCCAAAAUAUAGCUUCGAAUAAUUGAAUACUGUAAAACAAUGAGUAUUUUAGUGAGCUGUCCUGUGCUUCUUUUUGCACAAGAACAGGGAUGUCUAAUUUAUUUUUGUUCAUAAGCCAAACAAGUCUAAAAAUUGGAUCUGAGAACCCGCUCGCGAGCCAUCCACAUUCCUGUUUCUAGUCACACGCAGAAAAGGCAACCAAUAGGAAAAUAUUAUUUCAAACAAAAAUUUUUUGGAUUGUAACUACUAACUUCAUGAAUUGUGUCUGGCAACAGUACAUUUGACGUAACAACCACGUGGUUUCAUGACUGUGUCGCUCCAGAUCGCAUGAGAAAAAUCGGUCAUUCUUGUCUAAAUCCCCUGAUUCCAAUACAAAUAAGAAAAAAUCAGGUGCAUAUGUUGGCCAUAUACAUGCUCUGCUGGAUUAUCGCAGCGAUUAUUGCAACACUCUUAACGAAACCAAGUUAAAAGCGUUCGUACAAAAAAGCGAGAGCACCUGUAGAAUAGUUUUUUAAGCUGGGCUACAACGCAGGAUCAGGCAUAUCAUCUACCUGUAUUGGAAAUUGGUAAAUUCAUGAAAUGAGUUGCAGCUUCUAGUUGGUUCUAGCACGAACCUCCAUCUAGCCUACCAUUUUUUGUCCUUCAAAGUUCAUUUCGACAAACAAGAUACAAACUGACCACGAUAUUACACUGGAAUGGCGACAACAAUCAUGUUGCAGUUUCUAGCAAUUAUCAUUAACUCAGUUGCAGCGAUCACGCUGAAUAGCUUUCUCUUUGCUCUUGUAUACGGUUAUCAAAAUCUCCGAACUGAUUUCAACUACACAAUUCUCAGUGUUUGCUCUGCAGAUAUUGUCGUUUCACUGCAAAUAUCAGCCCUCUCCAUCGCCAGUAUGGUCGACGAAAAUGUAUUGAAACGACCAACAGCUUGCGAUAUAAAUGGUUUGUUAAGUUUGGUUGGUUUUGGAGGAUCUGUUAUCGGCUUGGCUGCAAAUAGUUUCUAUAGAGCUGUAAUGAUAUGCAAGAAUGAUAUGUACUUGAAAUACCUGUCUGGAUUCGGAACAAAACUUUACAUCAUGGCUGCAUGGAUCUUUACACUGAUGAUUUCAGUACCACCGCUUUUUAGCUGGAGUAAAUUUUCUGUACAGAAUGGAAUGCUGAUAUGUUUUGUUGAUUGGAAAUCAGAUGUUUCUUAUACAGUUUUCAUGGUCCUGAUCUGCUUCCUUGGUCCUAUAAUUAUCAUCACUUCUUCAACUUUGUUGAUUCUCAAAAGACACAGAGCUGUUGCUGCAAAUCUGCAAGAAAGCUCACAGGCAGUAAGGAAACAAGGUUUAGGGAGGACAAUUCAUGAAAAAAGAAAAAAGAGAGAUGAUCAAAUUGAAAGAAAAAUAACAAUGUCAAUUUUUGCCGUUGCACUGACUUUCUUUUUGGCAUGGGGGCCAUUUGUCGUUAUUAUUAUUUUGGAAACAUCAUUGAUUUAUCAUAUUCCAGAUUGGCUCAAAUCAUUGGGGAUAAUUCUUGGUAGCAUCAACAGCACAACAAACCCUGUUAUUCAUCUUACAAUGAACAAAAACUUCCGAAAUGCAGCAGCCAAAGCAUGGAGAAAAAUAAUUCAAUCUUUACAACUCUCAUUACAUGUAAACAGGCCAUAAUUUCAUUUCCAUCAUAUUAGUUAACUUAAGACCGGAUCAGGUCACAGAAGGUCAUGAUACGUCACAUGAUACGUCACAUGAUACGUCACAUGAUACGUCACAUGAUACGUCACAUGAUACGUCACAUGAUACGUCACAUGAUACGUCACAUGAUACGUCACAUGAUACGUCACAUGAUACGUCACAUGAUACAGGACAGGACAGGACAGGACAGGACAGGACAGGACAGGACAGGACAGGACAGGACAGGACAGGACAGGACAGGACAGGACAGGACAGGACAGGACAGGACAGGACAGGACAGAUAUGAUACAAGAAGUACAUGCUGUCUUUAGCAAUGCUGCAUCUGUUUAAGUGCAACUUUGAAAUCAAGAUGAAGCAAAGAAUGUCAGAAUGCAAACAGGAGACAAUAACUCAGAAGUUUCAAUUUUUACGUGUGCAAAUAUGAUAAGGCACUUUUGGUGAUAAGGCACUUUUUUCUACUGUGGCUUUCCUAUCAAUUUCAUUUUGAUUAUUACUUUGGCAAAGAAUCUCAGAACAAGUAGAAAAUUUUAUUUAAAAGUUUUUUUCUUGAUCUCAUCACCAAUCAUCAUUUUCAACAUAAUGACUGCCAAACUUAACAUAAUGAUUGUUUGUGAUUUUAAAUUGUUGUAUUUUUCUCUAGUAUUUUGUGGAAAUGUAUGUUGUAGAAUUUAAGAUGUAAAGGGUCUGAAACCUCUUGAAACCCGGCCCCAGGCUUUGAACGAUUUGAUUGAUGCGUUGUUCAGCACUAGCCAGUAUAGUCUCUCAGCUUUAACCAUUGGUGUCUUGUGAGGGUUCUGUUUUGCAAUGACCCAAGGUAGUAUAAAAUGAUCCUGCCACUAUUGUUUUUCGUUUCCCAAACAACAAGGCAUUUGAGACUACUUAAUCGUUUUAGAACGCCUGUCCAUCGAAGGUGAACAGCAAAUUAUGAGGAAACUUUUCAAGGAGACAAAUAACUAAAAUGUUUGUUUUUCCAACUAACAAUUAGCUGGUUAGCUUUAAGUUCACACUUCUUCUGACUGAACAAAGCUCUAGAGUUUUCUAAAAAGGCAAAAGGAUUUAUUUCGUUAAAACUCUAGGCACGAGCGUGGUUGGCUGUGGCACAAUAUUGAUUAUGGCACGAUUACGUAAACAUGUUUAAAAAGCUGCACAAAUAGCAUAAUAUGUAUUCUUCCAGCACAAAAUAAUUAAAUUUUAAAGAGAUGCUGUCAUAUUUUGUAGAUACCAGUACGAGAUUUGAAACCAGUGAAAGAAGCGCCAUUUCUUUGAUAAAGAAAGUCUUUGUCUUAUUUGAAAUAUCAUGUGAAGUCCAUUUAUAAAAAACAUAAAACCAUUUAACAAUCACGAAAUCUCAAACACAGUGUUUGUACACAAACUUCAGCAAAAACAGUUGAAACUUAAAUAAAACGUAUAUUGUGCAUGCCAACGACAAAUUGAUUGCCUGUACACGGGCUCCGACAAAGGUUGAAAAGUGGGGGGGGGGGCGGCCAAGGGAAAAUUGAACACCCAUAACAAAAGAUUUUGAAAAAACUCAUCCUUCGUCGGAGGCCCUGCUGUAAAAUAUUGGCUUCGCAUCAAUAGCAUUAAUUGGUAUACGAAUUAAUGCUUGCUAUCUGACACAACGCGCCUUACUCAAAUGGUCAUUUUGGAAUAUCAACAAGAGUAUGAUUUGGCUCCAUUGAUUGAUAUGGCAAGCUAUAUCAGAGCAACGUGGUGCGAAAACUGAAUAGAUGUUUCCUUGAAGCAGAGAAAAUUAUAUAUGUUUAAAGAAUACGGACCAAGUGAGAAAGCUCAAAGCCUUGAUGCUUGCAGGCUCAGAUGCUUUGAGCCAUUUAAGAAAACCAAACAACUACCCUUCCAAAAAAUGAGGCUAACACUUUUCUUUCCAAUUUCAAGUUUAAGAAUGAUACAAUCAGUUGCACAGAUAGAGGGAGGUCAGAGGGGGCGAGAAAACCCCCCCCCCUCCUCCUGAAAAACUGAACUGCUAUUUUGUCGGAUAACUUCAGAUAUUUUCGGAAAUAAAUCAUGGUUGACUAUUUUAUCUAAUUAUGACAUUUUGAGAAGAAAGAUUUUAAAGCUCAUAAUAAAGACUUCUUUCGUUGUUCUGAAUCAGAUUGGCAAUCUCUUUCAAUAAGAUAUGAUACUUGAAAAUUCCUUCAUUGAGGAGACGAACAACCUUCAAUUUGUAUGAUUUAUGACACUAAUCUUUGAAUAGAUUAUAAGAUUUCGUCUCUUGUUUUGCAAAUCUUAUUCAAAUCUACAGCUCCGAAAUGUUUUUGGUUUUUUGGCGGAGACAUGAUAGUAAUAGAAAUAAGGUCAAAUGAAGUGUCCUGUCACACUGAUACCAGUAGGUGAUCAACUAACAUUCGAUGAUGACCGCAUUAAAACAUAGAGCUUUGAGUGGAAACUUUGAACCCUUCUGUGCUAGGUACAUCAGAUGCAAGUUGGUAUCUUGGGUGAACACCAUAAUCAACAUUUAUUUUUUGGUUGUAUGGAUAUGAAGUUAUUGUAUUACUGUUUUUGCAUUAGCAAUUAUUGUCAUUUGUUAAGAAUUUGCAAUGGAAUCUCUUCGAAUAUAUGUAUUCAAACAUUAACUUGUAUCUCUUGUUGUUUGAAAUGAGAUGAAUCUGAAUUUGGAUUUGUUUUUGCAUUAUGGCAUUCAUUUUUAACCUGCACGUGGAAACUUUUGAACGUCCGAUUAUGAUUUAGGACAUAUAGAUACCAGCUAUUUCAAUUAAUAUUUAUUCUGUUUUUGGCGUCAACACGGUAUGUUUGUUUUUGACAAAAACUUUACUUUAAAUGUUUAUCUUUAAAUCUAUGGAGAGAGGGAGGAGGCUCUAAUACUUGGUUUUGUAGUUAAAAAAGAUGGGGCAUGUCCGCAUCGUUUGUCUCUCUCUGACUAAGUCAAUGUAACAACACUUUAUACUAUAGUGGUAAUAGGCACUAGGGAAGAACGUUUAAGAAGUUGGUGCAAAAACUCCAAUACUUUCAGAAUAAUUCUACGCUUGGGUACCAUGAUGAGCUUUUGUCCAAAAAGCAGAAGCUUUGACAGAGUUUUUUCAAGAGUUUCAAAUGCUACAGCCAAUUCGAAUCUAGCAACUUUUCCAACAGAAGCUCAAUGCAAUACAGUGGAAUCCCGUAAUAAUGAGCUCCAGAUGUAACGAACUUUCCGGUAUAAUUGACUAGAAUUAUCAAUAGAUGCGAGAUAACGAACGGGACUCUUGGUUCCGUUCUUGUUUGGGCACGCUACCACUUUUUCAUCGCGUUUACACUGAAACAAAAACGAACGGAACCAAAUUUGACCCCGUUUACAUUUUAGUAAAAAGAACGGGAUUUUUAGGUGACGCAUGACAAACCCA